CAUCCUGAUUAUCAAUCGAAUGAUUUACAUUUAUUAAGAAUUGCAUAUUCUAAUGAAUUUUAAAAUGGUUAUACUAUACAUUCAAUCGAUCAAUCGAAUGAACAUUAUCGAUUCACAUGUUCAAUUGUACUAAUAAUUUGCUAAUAAUGUACUUUGCUUAUUGUGUCAAGUAUAAAUCGGGGCACUUUUUUGAAUCUCCCAAUCAAACCCAAUUGUGCCCGUAUGCCAAUCGGGUUUCAUUAUUUCAAAUCAUAUGAUAUUCAAUUAGUCAUCUCAUCUCUAAUGAUGAUAAUUUUGCUUCGAUGAUUUCAUUUCAUCAUUUACGUUUCAUUAUCAACGAAAAAAGGAUAUAAUUUAUCUGUAUAAGACAGCACAAAUCGAAAAAUAUACAUCAACAACAAUGGCAUUUAUGGUACCAUUAGUCAAGAAUCAUUAUGAUAUCUACAAUACACGAACAGCUUUCAGUGAUCAUGAUACCGGUGGUGGUGGAUAUAUGAUUGGAUCUUCAAAUCACAAUCUGAAUCGUCGUGGCCGUACAACUAGCCAUUCAUCCGAAUCGAACAACAAAAAAUCUGCUUUUGUCAUUGGCGGUGGCAGCAAUAGCCAAGUUGUCUUGAAUGGCAUCGUCCAUAUGAAUGGUCGAUCAUCAUCGAAAUCAAAACCUAAAGUAGUGCUUGCUAGUGCUAACCGUGCUAAAGGACAAUCACAACCGAUUCAAGUGCAAAAACAAUCACAACAAAACAAAACAACUGAACAACAACAGAGAGGUUCACCAGUGAAAAAAUCACCAUUAUCGCCUUCAUAUUCAUCAACACAGAGUAUGAACCAUGCAACACGUUCAUUUCCUCAUGUACGACGUACUGUUCGCAAUCCAAUCACCAAUCGUGUAUACAGUUAUUCAGUAUCAAUUCCUGAAUAUGUUGCUGAAGAAGAUGAAGAAGAAUUGGCACGAUUAGAGCUAGAAGAGUCACUUGAAUCACAAUGUGAAUCACCAACAUUAGAUCAGGUGAUGAUCUUUUCGACAAGUGCUCCUGCCGGUACUGGAUCGAUUGAUAAUGGCAUAAUCGACAUUGUCGAUGAAGAUGAUUUUAUUCGUUGUACAGGUGCACGAUUACCGUCAUCCAUUCGUACACAAACAAAAAAUUCGAAAAAAUCAAAACGAAAUGCGAGCUUUUCAUCAUCAAUCGCCCAUUCCUCGUCACUACCGAAUUCACCAGUUAAUAAAAACCUUGAAUCAUCAUUCAAUGAUGAAACAGAUGAACCAGAAUCACCGACGAAAAAUCAGUCACAAUUUGAACGUUGUAAUUCAUCAAAUUCUCGGGAAUAUAUGGAAUUAUUACAAAAAUUCAUUCUUCACCUGAAAAUGUUGAAACUAAAAAGAAUAUUCAACCCGAAAAAUUCUAACUCGUCGGCCAAAGAAUGUAGACAGCGAAACCGUUCAAGCACAUUGGAUGAUUCAAUCAAUUUAUGACCACAAAGGAAAUACCGUAUUUUGGAUGAUAGUCGAUUCAUCCGAUAUAUUUUUUCAAUCAUUGCGACCAUUGUGAUCAUUUCAUCUCAUUCUUAUAUUCAUUCAUCCAUCCAUAAAUCAAUACCUACCAUUGAUUCAUCUUUCAUUUAACCGACCAUAUGUGGUGAUGAUCAAUUUUCCUUUAUAUAUCAAAUUCGUGCCUUUCUUUUUUUCGGAACUUGAAUAUUAGCAGAUUCGAUCCACCUUCGUGUGAUACAUGUGAUGUUGAUGAAUGGUUCCAGAAACUUGUUUUUAUUGUAACCUUGGUGAUAUAUAACUGAAAAAACCAUACUUACAUGAGCAAAAAAACGACGCUAAAAAUUCAUCCAAAUUCAAGACUUAUCUGAACAAACCUUUUUGGAUGCUCUAUUUUCUUAAACCCCAAACAUAUAUUUUCUCCUGCAUAACAAAUUAUGUUUAUCCGAUCAAAAACUUGUAUCGUUAAGUUUUAUCUUCGUAUUUAUUUCCGAUUUUUUUCAGAUAUUUUAAUCAAUCUGUGUUUUUCAAUAAAAAUCUUCCAUUUAAA